AAAGGGGAUCGAAAGAAAAGAAGUAUUGCAACUUGAAAUCCACCAUCUCCAAUUUAGGCAUAUAGCUCUAGUUCUCGCUCUCUAAGUUUUAAAAGUGGAGCACCGUGGCUUCGUCAAGCAAUUCAUCGCAGUCUCAGUCUCUGAGCAGGAGAAAAAGUUCAUCUGUGAGUGUUUCAUCAAAUUCACAAUCACACCAUAACAACAAUAAUAAUAAAGCUAGAAUCGUUUACCGAGAGAAACUUGGGGCGAAUUCAGAAGAUUAUCCAUUUUGGCAGAAAACUUGGUUUAUUGUACUCUUGCUUCUUAUGGCGUUGGCCUUCUUCUCCCUCGCUAUCUUCCUCUUUCUCUCACUUGAUUCCGAUUACUUUACUUCUUCUGUAUCUGCUGCUGCUGGUUCUCCAGGCGUCCAGGUUACAUAUGGGUCUGUGAUAAAAUUGAUGCAUGAGAAAACUAAAUUCAGGCUUCAUUCACAUGAUGUGCCUUAUGGCUCUGGAAGUGGCCAGCAAUCAGUUACAGGGUUUCCUAAUGUUGAUGAUGCUAAUAGCUACUGGGUUGUACACCCUGUUGCUGACACAUCUGUGAAGCAAGGGGAUACCAUCCAAAGCGGGACUGUUAUCCGCUUACAACACAUGAAGACUCGUAAAUGGUUACACAGUCACCUCCACGCAUCGCCUAUCUCUGGCAACCUAGAGGUAAGCUGUUAUGGAGGAGAGACGCAAUCUGAUACUGGAGAUAACUGGAAGCUUGAAAUCGAGGGUAAGGCCAACAUCUGGAGGCAAGAUCAGAAAUUUAGGCUUCAACAUGUGGACACUGGAGCCUAUCUGCACAGCCACGACAAGAAAUAUCAGCGCAUAGCCGGCGGUCAGCAGGAGGUUUGUGGUGUUAAAGAGAAGGGCCGGGACAAUGUUUGGCUUGCAGCAGAGGGUGUCUACCUCCCAGUUAGUGAUGGAAAGGCAGAGUCAUCUUAGUUUUCGUUCAUCCAAUUAAACAUCAUUAGAUUUAUCCUGAAGAUACUUACUGAUGCACUGAGGUGAAUUUUGAGUUGCUUGUAGUAUCAUUGUCCUAUAUGUUGUAUGACAAGUAUAGAUGAGUUGAAGGAGUGAUCUAUAUAUAGAUAUACUUUGAAGCUCUUUCUUUGAUGGUAUGUGUUUUAGACUAGUUCCAUCUGUUGCCUGAUCCGGUGUACUUUAUUUCUAUAUGCAUUUCAAGGAAGGCCACAAGUUAUUGUUUCAA